UUUUUUUUUUGUCUGCGUGCGUUAUCAUCAAUUGUGUUUCAAUUUUUCGCCCCCGGGUGUUUUUGAUUACUGAACUCGAGACUGAGCAGCAGCAUGACGGACUCGCCUCCACCUGCUGCAGACUCAUCAGGUCCGAUGAGUCAAGACCAUCAGGAACCCGUCAUUGCUUAUUUACCCGUUCUGCAAUUCCUGCCUGCCGAAGCAGUCGUGAUUGGCACAGCCUCGGGGUCCCAGGGUUCGAAUAUGAAUCCCGUGUCUGAGGCCCCGAUCCCUGAUCAGGCUAAUAACCAGCAGUUUAUUGGGAGCAAUAAUGGACCGACGAUGUCCGAGGCAUUGCAUUACUGUUGUGCGAAUCAUCAGUGUUAUGGCUCAUCGUCCAGCAGCAGGCAUAGUGUCGAUUCGGUUGACGAGAGAUGGCGCUCGUAUUCGAGUCGUCUGAGUCACGCGUUGGCUUAUGAAGAGGGUCGACGUUGCCUUAUGAUAGGCACGAAAGAAAUAGUCGUCGUCGACGACGACACCGUCAUCGUCGACACAGUCGCAGUGAGUCGCGACACAAUCGACGGAGCAAAUCAGAGCUCAACGUUUCAGAGGCCAGGAAUCUCGUCGUCGCGUCCUUUGAGAGCCAAAGAUCGCCGUCACUUUCCAAUUUUACCUCAGGUGUCGCCGUUCAUUGGUGUCGCCGGUGUGUGUGUGUGUGUGUGGACGCCGUUAUUGUCAUCGUGGUCUUCUGCUGCCUGCCUGCCUUUCGUUGCUGGGCGUUGGUUCCCCGAGACGCCUUAUUCCUCCGCGUUUUUGCCUUGCGGUGGCAUUCGCAAGAAAAGUCUUUUCCCAGCGUCAAGAAGGAACCCUCCUCCCGGUGCUUGGCCCGAGGCGAUAAAUCCGGGAAUUAUUGCCCAGAACGUUCCCCGAAACCCGGGCCAGUUACCAGAUGAAAUGGACCAUGGAUGGGCCCGGGUGCCGCGUUUUCCACCCGGGUUCUCUUUUCUCUCUCUCUUUUUUUUCCUCGGGGAGAAAGGUGUCGCCGUUCAUUGGUGUCGCCGGUGUGUGUGUGUGUGUGUGGACGCCGUUAUUGUCAUCGUGGUCUUCUGCUGCCUGCCUGCCUUUUGUUGCUGGGCGUUGGUUCCCCGAGACGCCUUAUUCCUCCGCGUUUUUGCCUUGCGGUGGCAUUCGCAAGAAAAGUCUUUUCCCAGCGUCAAGAAGGAACCCUCCCCCGGUGCUUGGCCGGAGGCGAUAAAUCCGGGAAUUAUUGCCCAGAACGUUCCCCGAAACCCGGGCCAGUUACCAGAUGAAAUGGACCAUGGAUGGGCCCGGCCCACUGCUGCGGAAUUGGCCGGGCUGGACAUUCGAAAGCAUGCCAGGGUAGUGGUUGCUAGAUAA